AUGAUCACAAAGGGACUGGUGAGAAAAAUAUCCGGAAAUGCUUUUCCGCAAGCCGGAAACAUGAUGAAAUUGAAAUAUAAUUGUACUCUGGAAGCCUUGGCACUAUCUCGAGCGCGCAAGUGUGGUUUGAAUAAUGCCGAGGCUCCAAGGCAAAGAGAGAGGGACGGUAAUGAAGCAUUUGUUCGACAAGAAAAUGUACUCACUGAUGAAGGGGUGAUACGAUGGAUAGGCCUACAUCGUGUGAAUUUGCAAAUUCAGGCUAUAAAUGGUUGGUGGUCACAUAUACAUCAACGGCGAACUGGUCUGGGAAGAGCUGUGACUUUUAAGGAGAAGCACAUCGCUCAUCCAAUUAGCCAAUCCACACAAAUUGCUUGGGCGGAAACUCGCGAAGUUGGCUGCGGCAUUGCAAAAUGUGGAAAGGCAUACAACGUUAUCUGCCAAUAUUACCCGAGGUGAGU